AUGGUUAGAAAAGGACCCGACAAGGAGAACCUGCUCUUUCAAAUUGAUAUCUCCUCUGGCAGAAGUUCGAUGUCAUCCAUGACACGGACAAGCUGUGUAGGGCACUUGAAGCUGGGCGAGAUACACGUCCAGGAUGACGACGUCCUGGACCUGAAGGCUGCUCUUGAGUUACAGGACACCAUUAACGAGACAGUAGCAGGAGAUGCAGGUGGAGGAGACCCCACUGACGUGACGGUGUUAGAGGUGAAUGGUACAGACACAGUGGUAGUUACAGACUACAACAACAACAGUGUAAAGUCCUUCUACACCAGGAACAGUCAGCCAGGUCACAGCAAGCUCAGUCUGGAAGGUAGACCAUGGGGUAUAACAAGGCUGAAACACAACCAGGUGGCUGUCACUGUGCUGGAUACCAGUCAGAUUGUAACAGUUGAAGUGAACCCUGACCUGGUGCUGCUGUCGACCAUCACAACCAGCAAACAGUACUGGGGUAUAACGUCUCUGACACCAUCAACACUAGCAGCAAGUUCCGAGUCCCCUCCCUGUGUUGAUAUCCUGGAUAUGUCGGGACACGUGCUGAAGUCAGUUUGUCCUGGCCACAGAGGUGGAAACAUCUUAAAGUAUCCCUACUUCCUCUGUACCACGAGGACAGGAAACAUCCUGGUGUCUGACUGUGGAACCAAGUGUGUCGUGUGUCUGACCCCCGAGGGAGAUGUGGUGUUCAACUACAGACCUACAGGACACACAGCACUGAAGGAUCCAGGGGGUAUCACAAGUACCAGCACAGGCGACAUCCUGGUGACAGACAACUCAUAACACAGAGUCAUCCAUCUGACAGAGUCAGGACAGUUUGUUAGAAACAUACUGACAUCACAGGAUGGUGUCAGUAUCCAUACGGACUCUGUGUGUUAGUGGGCGUGGUCGUAUGUACUUGUGUACAGACAACGUAGUGAAGGUAUUUACAUGUUGUAAGUGAGUGAACAUGUCACAAUACUUCCCUUCAAUUAAACAAAAUUAUAUGUUACUUGGAGAUAUAUGAUGUGAUGCACUGUAGGAACUUUGCACUCUGAAAUAGUUUUACUCUUGUGUUUAAUCUUAUUGUCUAAACAUAUUACUGAUUACUGUGUAAAUGUUUUUGGUCAAAAUAUGACUGAAAUACUGCUGAUGUGUCAGAUGUGACGUUAGAUAUCAACUCACUCACUCACUCCCUGGUGUUUAAUCAUUCUGACAAAUCAUCCAUGACUUUUGAUGUGAAUGUGACGAAUCAUACCUGUUUUAGAAAGACCCAGCUUGUAAUGUUAUGAGGGUUGGUGGGGGUAGCCUAGUGGUUAAAGCGUUCGCUCGUCACGCCGAGGACCCGGGUUCGAUUCCUUACUUGGGUGCAAUGUGUAAAGUCCAUUUCUGGUGUCCCCCGCCUUGAUAUUGCUGGAAUAUUGCUAAAACCGGUAUAAAACCAUGCUCUCUCACCCACUAUAAUGUAAUGCAAUAUAAACAGUGUUUGCACUGAAACAAUGAAAGCUGCAGGCCCUAAGGACCCAAAACCAUAAAACGGUGUAGGUCCUGAUCAGAAUGUGUAGGUCCUAUAUUUUAAUAUGGAAAUAAUACUCUCAGUUAUAGUCGGUACUUCUGUUUUCUGUUCAGAUACAUUGUCUCAAUAACACCAUAUGGUACAAAAUCAUGUAGAAUAUUGCUAUUUUGAGUUUAAUCUAAGUGACUUUGAUGAGCAAUUUUAUACUGAAUUUACUAAAUAGGUUGCAUGUUUUAUGGCAUGUUUGUGAUAAACCUGAACAGCUGUUA